GCAGAAGCAGCGAAAGAGCCGCCCUCGGCGCCGGCACCGGCAGAGCCGCAGGAGCCAGUGGAGGAGGAUCCCGGCUGCCAGAUCACAGAGGAUGAUGAGCUGAACGCCAUCCGCAAGCAGGGCCGAGAUGCCUUCUUGCAGGCAAGCGAGGAUGGCUCCUUGGAGCAAGCUGCACCCCAAGAACCCACUGAAGAGGAAAAGAAGAAGGCUCAGAAGGAUGCCGUCCGAAUGAAGGCCUCCAACGUGCUCAUCGCGGCAGCAGAAAAUGGCGAAUUGGAGAGGGCCUUGACACUGGUCAAGAAGGACUCCGUUGUCCAAGGCUCCGAGGAUGGGAAGCGAGAGUCAAAUGCCUCAGCCAUUGGGCCUCCAGUGGAGGCCAAGCAGGAGACUGUUGAGGCCCCGGCAGACCCGGCAGAGGUUCAGGAGCAGAGCUCGCAGGCAGCCGAAAGUGGCAAGCCGGAAACUCGCGAAGCUGCCGAGGAGCUGAAGCCAACGGCCGACAGCGCAACAGACGUCCCGCAAGAGCCGCCGACCGUGAUGGUUAGAGACCUGGCAGCUGCAAUUCAUCUGAUCCAGGGCACCGGACAACCAGACAGGCUAACGCCCACAGACUCCCUGACAGGCACAGCGCAGCCAGAGCAGCCGGAGCCUGGAGAAGCGGCAGCGAACGCCGAAGAGGCCUUUGCUUUGGUUGGCGUCUUGACCUCGAAGGCUCGAGGCUCUGAGCAGGCACGUCGCGUCGACGCGGCGCUGCUGGGGCUGCAGCAAUUGGCAGCCGCGGAGCCAGCAGCUGUGCUUGAAGCCGUACGGCCUGUUGUGCAGUCCGCAUGCUGGAGACAGCGAAAUCUAGGCUGGGCAGCCGCAUCUCCAGCUAAAGGCGCUUUCGAGCUGGCAGCAAGCUGCGCAUCUCACGAGGCACCCGGCGUGCGCCGUGAUGCGGUGGGAGCACUGAGGCGGAUGGUCCUUGACGACGUCUCUCCUCAGCGUGUGUGCGAUCUCGUGCUAUGCCUUCUGGAGGACAGCAGUUCGGAGGUUCGCUUGGCUGCGGUGCAGACAAUGACAGCACUGGAGAUGGAGCCUGGAGAUGAAGAGGCUGCUCAAGUAAACCGGGGCAUGUGGAUCAAUGCGCUCAGCGACCCGGAUGUCGAUGUCAGAAUCCAGGCUGCGUGUGCCGCGGAGCGUGUGCUGGCCGUCGACAGCUUGGAGGAUCCGGCUUCAGAAUCCAUCACGCUGAUGGCGGAUGCUCUGGGAACCGCCAUGACACAGACCUCCAGUGAAGGUGAGAAGACUCCCAGUCCGGGGAAGACGUCUUUCCUGCGGCGCUGUGUGAACUCGCUCGGCAUCCUCUCCGACUUGGGAAAUCCCGUGGCGAGGCACUGGCUCAGCCAGUUCCACAGCCAUCCCGAUCCUCAAGUGCGGCUCGUUUCUGUGUGCGCAACAAUGAGCGCAGAUGCUGCAUUGCGGCAUGCGCAGACAGACGCCAACGUUGUUCUGCGGCACCAUAUCCACAGCCUUUGUGGUGGAGAGAUGCCAAAGCUUCUGGGCCUCCCCAAGAAGGAGCUCAGUGAGCACCAAGAGGAGGAGCUGCGGUGGGCAAUUGAGAAAACGGCAGGUGGCACCGAAGGCUGGCGACCGCACCUGGCACGCUGCGAAGAGGACGGCCAGGUUUCUAGCGUGACGGCUCUUCUCUUUAGGUCCGGCAUCAGAGAUGAGAGUGUACGCCAGCACGUCGUCAAGAGCCUUACGGCCAAGGAGCUCCCUUGCCAGGCCGGGGGCCGCGGCUUUCCAACAGAGUUCUGCAGCAGCGCCGAGGUGCAGGCCGCCGACGGUCUUGCGGAGCUGUUGUCCAACCGGGCCAAGCUGCGUCAAGCCCAAACGCAAGACGGCCGGAAGUCGCGCUGGCAGGACUUGGCGCAGCGGCCAAUGUACGAGUUGGCCGACUUCGGUGAUCCGUGGGAGUAUUGGUCCGUACAUGCCAGCCAAGACCGCAGCAAGGUGAGCGUCGUCCAGAACAGCCGCUUCGGCAUCGGCGAUGUGACGUUUCUGAUGGUUAUCUAUGGAAAGCUCGAAUACAUCCAGGACACCGUGAAGAGGCUCACAAAGCACACUGUGCAUCUGACUGGUGGCCGGAAGCUCGAGGGCGUGACUGUUAUCCUGAAGUCGUUGGGACUCCUGGGGGACUGGGCGGUGGAUCGGCUGCACAAGAUGACGCAGAUGACCGGUGUCUGGUGUGAUGGGGACUGGCGGCGCCCGCUGCUCAUCGAUGCAAUCGGCCAGAAGCCCAAGCAUGGCACGGAGGUUGUCGGCGACAUCCGGGUGUGCCGGUACCUUCGCUUCUAUGGUGGCAAGGUCAACGAGGCUGCCAAGGGGCUGGCCGAGUUCUUGAAGUGGUGGGUGCAGGAGGACAUCCCUUCCCUGAGAAAGGGCCUAAUUGACCUAGAUCCGGAUGACUUCCACGCCUGGUGCGAUUCGGCAAGGUCACCAUACUCACCCGUUUUGGUACCCGGCUUUGCCGAAACAGAGGACGGGCACACAGUGAUCUUCGUGUCUCCGGGGUACUUCAAGGCGCAGGAGUUUGUCAGCCAGCGCCCGGCAUGCCACACGAUGGAGAACGACCUGAUGCUGGUGAGAGCAGGCAUGGAGUGGAUGAUGAAGCGUGUGGAUGACAGAUCUUACGAGAAGAAGAAAAUGCUGUACUCCAUCAAAGUGAUCGACGCGCAGCAUUUGGGAAGGGAGAUCCUGCCCAUUCGGGUGUAUGAAGUUCGCAAGUUCGCUCAAGACAACGCCAAGCAGAUGAUGUCCAUGUACUGUGAUCAUGAUAUCCUCCUUCUGAUCGUGAACGCGCCCUGGAUCAUUCGCUUUGUCGUCAUGUUUGCCCACACCUUCAUGACCAAGAGGUGCGGUAAGUCGGAUGCCUGA